AUGAAACAACUGAUGUUGUAUACUAGUCUGCAACCUGUCUUUCACUUGGUCUUUCCUUUCAUUACAUUAGAUUGUUGUUUAAUUUUAUAUGGAAAUGUGACUCUCAAUACAUGUAGCUAUACUCUUUCUGUCAUAAACCUAAUGGAUUUCUGCUCAAAUCAUUCCAUUUUACCAUUCAUGAUUCAGAGAAUAAAGACAGUUUGCAAGUGAAAUAUGGGAAGGUGCAAAGCAGUAAUAGCAAAGUGAGCGAAGACAGGACAGAUAAUGUGGAUAUAUAACACUGCUAACCUGAAGAAUGCUGAUAUGCUACAUAUAGAUUCUCUUACCAGCAAUAUUAAUGUACACUUCCCAAUAGACAUAACAACGAGUCAAGAGAUCAGUCUUCCAUGAAUCAGAGUAAUUGCAUAUCUGCCAAGUCCUUACAACGAUUUCAGCGAUGGAAACCUGGCCUAGAACCUAAAGAGUGCUGGAUAAAUGACGAGGUGUGCUUUACUAGAGGCACUUGAAUUUACACAGUUGUAGAUUUGCAUCUUUCACAGAGCUCAACGUUGUGACCGCUGGGAUCGCCAGCAUGUCUGGAUUUGAUUUACACUGUCUGGCAACUAACUAUUUGCACUUGGUUGUCAAGUGGGCUUUUUUUUUUAAUUUUCAUACCCAACGAAUGAGUGGACUGAGUGUCAAAGUACCAUACUAUAUACUUCUUGUUUUAAUGCAUGUAGCUUUUGAAAUGGUGUUCUUCUUGUGAGAUUUUAUAACCCUGCAGUUAUUUGAAGAUGUGAAGUGAAAUUAACAUCUUUCAUUAACAACAUUCCGUGGAUCUAAGAAAUUUGAGAAAACUUUAGUCUGUAUUUUUGGAAAUUAAGCUACGCAUAUGCAAUAGAUUUUGGAGAGGAGAAAAAAAACGUCAUUCAACUUUAACAUACGUUUAAGAAAAAUUGACUACCAGAGUGUGUUAACCUGUAGUCCUGAGAGAGAAGCAAGAAGUUUUCAUAUCUGUCCUAUUCUCUCAGCACACAUUUUUCAUUUCAUAAUACUGUACUUGUCUGUAUUUCAAUCUAGAGUGCAGUCAUUUUUACAGAUGUUUGAAGAUUUCCUAACUACAACCAUGCUUACUUAUCUUUUUUGUAGGGUAUUAAUGCAUAUAAUGCACUUCUUGCCAGGAAGUUUCUAAAGAUGGUGAGAUUUGUUGGCUACAUAUUUUCACUUCAACAAAAAUAAUGGGGAUGCAAAAUAAUUAAUGUACCUUGUUUUUUUCUUUUUUUUUUUUUUCAAAUUUAAAGGGCAAAGCAAUCUACAUUUUCAACUCAUUUUUUUUCCAACGAUUGAAGAGAUUUGAAAGCAGUGCACCAGAAAAUAUUCUUGAUUCUGUUUGUCAGGUAAUUAAUUAUAUAGUUAACUAUGUAUUUGUCAGUCAGUUGCGACUCUUAUUAUUUGUAAAGGUAGCUAGAGCUUAAAACAAGGGAUGUCUGGUUGCCAGGGCAAGUAAUUAAAUUUUGCUGCUAACCAAGAAACUUUUCAUGGGUGUGGAAAAGCCUAAGACCAAAGAUCUAAGACCUAAGACCCACUCCAAAUCUCAAAAACUUCAACGUGAGAUCCCCUCUGAAACUGAAACACUGAGACCUGUUUUGCUUUAAUUUGAAACUUAAAUCAUCAGAACAGUGUAACUUUUGCAGCCCAAAAUUAUUUUUCUUGCUGUUCAAUCAAUCUUUGAUAUAUCUUGUUCGAAAAUGUGACAAUGUCACUGCACAGGACAAUGUAACAGGGACUAGGACAAUGAAAUGGUUAACUUUUCAAGAGGAUUUGCUCUAAUUACCAACACCAACAAUGUAACAUGACACAGAAAAGGUGACGUACAAAGGUAAAUCACAAUCAUAUACAUGUACAUGUAACAAGUUCAGUAUCAUGUGCACAAGUUCAACAUCAAUCAGCAUGAAUUUUAAAGACUUUUUAUGCUUUAGCAGGCUGCAAAAUUUACACCUGUUGUUGAUUUAAGUUUAAAAUUAAAGCAAACUCGGUUCUUAGUUUUUUAAAUUCGGAGAGGGACUACUUACAUGUAGGUCUUAGGUCUUGGAUCACCUCUUGGAACUUUGAGACACCCACUUCUCAUUUGCAUUUGAGUUUGGAUACAGUGCGAGCCAGCGAGCCAUGCGAGUCAUACAAGCGAGCCAUGCGAGCCUUGCGAGCCAUGGCAGCGAGUCAUGCGAGCCAUCUGAAAAUCUAUCUACACGAACGAUGAAACCGUAUCGUUUUCAAAACGCACAAAGCGUUUCUAACAGGUUUCUAAAUCCUUUCUCUUGAUUACGUGGUAUGCCACUUUUAAAAAACUUCAAACACUGAUAGAAGCAACGGUUUCUUUCCCCGCUUGGAUCGAUGUUUAGCGUGAAACCACGCUUCGUUGCUUCAACGAGACACUGCGUACGUCGAUUUGCCAUCUGCAAACUAAAUAAAAUACACAAAACAUUAGCAAUAAUGAAGAAUUCAUUGCACAAAACAGCUGACAACAGACUAAAGCAAAGGUAAAUCAGGUAAAUACUCACUUUUAGAAGCAGUUUAUUGCUAGAUUGAUUCGACUGAACUGGAUUGUCCAAAAGGAGUGAAGAUUUUUUGAAGAUCCGGCCACGAGCACGCUGAACGGUUCGCAAGAACGAAACAGGAGAGAAAGACUAUCAGAGAGGGGAGAGAAAGUCAAAAUUUGUCGCUCUCCCUCGACCCAGACUGUUCGCGUCCAAAAUAACAUGGCCACCGCGUGAGCCAUCGCGGUUUAAUAUUCGCGAUUGAAAGCACAUUUCCAGCAGCAAAACCAAUUACAAAACGAACUAUUUCCAAUUAGAAUAUUAUUAAAAAUUUAUAUUUUCCGAUGGCUCGCAUGCCUCGCAUGGCUCGCACGCCUCGCAUGGCUCGCUGGCUCGCAGAUUAUCCGGACCCUUUGCAUUUGCCCAAUUGGUAAGAGCUCAGGCAAGUUGUCAACUUUCCCAGGACAACCAAAAUUUUAGCACUGCUAGUGUCUUUUUUUAGCACUGCUAGUGUCUACUGUCUCAAUUUUCUCGGAGCUCUGUGAAGAUAGUCAAUAUGUUAUUGCUACUAUGAACUAGGAUAUUUUUUUGCCCCACAUCGAAAUUGGGGGUAAUUGAUUGGGCAGAUAUAUAUUGAGUUCUCCUGGUUGUUACUUUCCAGCCCAUCAACUGUAAAACAAAAGGGACAUAAAUUGCCAGAAAAGCAGAAUUGCUGAAUACUGUCUCUCUCUCUCUCAGUCUAAUUAUAAUCUUUCUAAAGUUAAUAAUUUUUUCUUAAUAAAUAUUGUCUUCAUUAUAUUUUAGGUUGGAUUUAUUUUUCAUUUCUCUUGCAUGCUCUGUCUCUCUAUCACAGAAUUAGAUUUUAAAAGAAUGAUAUCUUUGAUUUGACAUGCAAUAUCAAUCAUUUUUAAUUGUUUUUUGUUACUUUUUUCAUUCAUAGACCAAUCUGUUGAAUAAGGAGGCUUGGGUUAUUCCCAUCAAUGAUGAAGCACACUGGAAAGUAAUAGUAAGUAGAUCAAGUACACUGUGGUAAUUAAAACUUAAAAAGCUGUGGCUGAUAGAAAAUUUAUAGUUAUAGAUAUACUGUGCAACUACUCCUGACCAGAAGCUGUGCAGUCCAAGCUCCUUAAAGAAGUGUUUUCUGUCUAUCCAGACAGAACUUCAAGGCUGCUGAUCAUGAGAUUCAAGGCCAUUGCUUAGUUGGCCCCUGGUAGCCUUGGACGCCUACGUUGUUAGUGUCAGUGACCAGAUUUCUCUAUGAGGAGUAGUGAAUUGCAAUGUAAUUAGAAUACAGAUGAGCCAAAAUCAGUGAAGUCUUGAUUUAUUUGAUACGUAAAAUUUCUACAUAAAGGCCGGGCCCAUAAUAAAACAUGUUCAUAUUUCACAUUAUUUUUAUUUUAUUAAUUAUCAGCUCUAUUGAGUAAAUUGGUACUGAAGACUAGGGAGACUGGUCUUAGAUGUGAAAACCAAAUAUGGAUUUACCAGUGAUGACAUGGGCAAGUCCAGACUCCCCUCAAUAUGAUGGCUUGGGCUUGAUUAAAAUCUGUUUUUUAUUUUGAAAGUCCAAAGGGCUUCUUUACUUUUCGUUUUGAAGGCAGUCUACAUAUAGACAUCCUUUUCUCUUUUCAUGAUUGAUCCUAACUUAACUCAAUAUUGUAGAUGUUGUGGGGGCUUCCUUUUUAAUGGUGUUAUAUUUUUGGCACUGAUCUAGAUAGUAAACUUGACUGACAAGUUUUUGUGCCUGUAUGAUUCCAUUGAUCAUGAAGAAGGUGAUACUAAAGACAUAACGCAUCUCCAGACAGUCAGGUAAGCUAAUAAUAUUAUAAAAGAUACACUUACGGAAGACAAUGAUAACACUCUACAUAUGAUUUUUAAGUUGAGGCUCAUAAAAAAGUAAAUCUAAUAAUAAUAUUUCAAGUGAAACAAGGUCUGUCAUUAAGAUUAAAAGUGCUGACAUCUGCCAUGGGAACUCUGGCGAGCAUUAAUAAUUCUGUGUUUUGCAAAACUUCUGACCAUGUUCAAAAGUCUUUGGCAAUCCUUGGGUGAUCAUUAAUUGGCAAUUAAUCUUUGAAUGAUCUAUGGAACUCGUUAGAAAGGUUUGUGUGAUUGUCAGAGUUGUGUGAAAAUGUUCAGGUGAUAUUUGUAAAUUACAUAAUUAUUAUACCUUCAGAAGUGUUGGAAAAGGUCUAAUAAAAUUUAAGUAUGUAUCUUUGGAAGGCUUUGGGUUUACUUCAACCACCUUCCGAAUACCUGAGAUUACUCGCUGGCAGUAGUCUUGUCUUAAAGUGUUUUUGUACGUACUAAUUUUGGCAAUGUUUGUUUUAAAUUAAUUGCUCUGAUGGUACGUACACUUUUUGCGCUGGUGAUGUUAUUAUGCUUGAGCUGCACUGUUCUUACAUACGAAUACAUCAAGUAAUUUUUAAGUGUAUUAUUACUAACACCUUUAACUGGCGAGUAAGGACUGCCACACAGGCCAAGACCUCAGCUUGUACAGUCCUUUGAAUCAUAUUUAAAACAUUCCAACGAGUUUAGAUCAAUAAAUUAUUAUAUUAAUUAAUAUUUAGAGUUGCUCAUCUUUCAGUUUUAUUUAAUAUAUUACAUUGCUAAUCAGCGUUCUCUAAAUGAACAUCCCCUAAUUUAAUUAUGCACUGGCUCACUUAACAGAAACUUAGUUCAAAGAGUUCACAGGUGGUUUGGAAAAGAAUGGACUUCAGUGGAUUGGAAGCAGUUCAUUGCUGAAGAUACUCCCAAGCAGUCUAAUUCAUUUGAUUGUGGAAUUUUCUCACUGAAGGUAAAGUAAUGCAUAGUUGACAAUAUUCUAGAUAAUUCAUGUCAAUAAAUUGUCAGUACAUGUACCCGUAUCUAUUUCAUAGUCGUCAGCAUCAGCAAUUGACCUACAGUGGUUGUUCACUCUAUUUAUUGCACCAUCAUAAUGAUAUGACUUUACUUUAUUUAACAUGGAGUUUAUGCUUAGUUUGAAAUCAGCAAUGUUAUUGAUGAUCAUAUAAAACUCUAAAUGCAGACAACUAAAAAUCGAGAGAAUCAAAAUUAAUUACAAUAAAUUCUGAUAGCAGUCAAACUUUGCUUUUCACUUCAUUAGUGCCUACUUUACUUCUAGUGUCCUUUGUUAACCCAGUCCAUUUCUUUGCAGCAAGAUUUUUGCCUUUCAAUGUUGCCUUUUACAGAAGUGCAGGUUUUAACAACAUAAUUAUUUUGUGAUGUCAGAUUUUAGUCAUCUUUGGUUAAUAAAAAUGGGUCCCCACAAGCUUAAGCUUUCAUGGAACCAAAAAUACUAUCAGAUGGGUUCACAUGUUAUCUGAUUGGCACAGAGCUGAACAAGCUUUGCAAUUUAUUUUAUCCUAGCGCUUCACAUAACAGUUACAGCCAAACUUUAUACCAAACUUAAUAUUGACGACAUAUAAUAAGUGUAAACUUACAUAUUGAUGGGCUACUCAGUCAGGAUGUAUAUGAAAUCUUGUCUCGGCCAGCACACAUUGCGUUAUGCUUGACAGAGAGUGUUUAUAUUUUAACUUUUGAUUCUUGUUAUUCCUUUUUUCUGCUUAAAUUAACUUAUUGCAGAUCAAUACUUGACUUUUUUAUUUUCAACCUUAGUAAAAAAAGUGUUAAUCUUUCUCUUUCCCUUUCUAUAGUUUGUGGACUUUGUAAUAUCUGGGAAACCUUUUUCUUUCAGUCAGGUAAAUAAACACAGUCAAAUCUGGCUACCUCUCUCAAUGACAACUUUGUAAUACCCUAGUGGACGUCCAAACAUUCACUCCUAUAUUUACCUCUCCACAACCAUAAUGGCCACUAAAGUGCGUUCGAACUUUAGUGAAAGUAAUUAUCUCUCGACAGCUGCCAGUAAAGCAACGACUGAUAAACGGUGUGAAAACACCAUUUUUUAGUUGUAAAAACUAAUACUUCUAAGUCACAAUAGUUGAUUCAGAUCGUUAUCUGUUGGUUUCUGUCUUUGUUUCAUUUCUGUUCUGUUGAAUAUAUUUUGAUGGCGCCAUAUUUAUUCAGUUAUGCUACUGUAAUUUAAUAUUUUGUAUCCUGAAAAUUUUACUUGUGGGAUUUCAUUCUUGCCCUAAUGAACCCCGUUAUAGAUGCGUUAUUGACCAAGCGUGAAGUCAAGAUGGCGGAAUAUUGGCUGAGUUCUUUUUGGCGUUUCUAUGGACCAAGACGAAGUCGAGGUCAUAAAAACGCCAAAAAGAACGAGGCCAAUAUUCAGCCAUCUUGACCGAACAACCUUGGUCAAUAAAGGAUUUAUUAUAUGGCCUAAAACAAAAUCUUUUCUUUCGGGAUCAACGUGGGAAAUCGUGAGCAGGCAAGAUGGGCCCAUCUUGCCCGCUCGGGUAGCCAAUCAGAACAUAGGAUUUGCUCAUCUUGCCCGCUCGCAGAGCUUGCCAUAUAAUAAUUAAAUUUAUGUACUAAAUUAAUAGACUUAGCUACAUUACCUUUGCAUAAAAACAUGUUGACUGUGUGUAUUCCUCUUAAAUAGGUUGAUAUUUCAAGGUUCAGAAUGGAAAUGGCUAGUGAAAUCAUAGCAAUGAAAUUACGGUUGGUCAAGCUUAAAACAGAUUUCAUUUGCAUUAAAUCAUAACUGAUGGUUUUUAUGGAAAAAAUAUACUGUACAUUCACAAUACCAAACUCUUAAAUCAACAGAUCUGAAGAUUCAGAGGGUUUCAAUGGACAACUGGAUCAAACAGUUUGUACCUGUAAGGUUUUACCUGAAAUUAAAGAGCCCUUCUUAGCUGGUACUAACAAAUAGUUUUUUAUGUAUGUGUUGUAGUUAAUUUUUUAUUUCAGGUAAUUUUUAUUUUUCUUUUGUUUUUGGGUAUGGUAAUAUAUGCUAAUGAAGUUGAAACAAAAGAAAAAUAAAAAUUACCUGAGAUAAAAAAUUAACUACAACAUGUGCAUUUAUUUAAUUAAGACAGAUUCCACUCAAAGUUCGAGCUAUAAGUGCAAAAAUGUUUUAGUGAAAUUCUACUCACAAAAAGGAACCAGUUUUAAUUGCUAACCUUAAUAGAACAUGCCAAGGGACUGGGGAAUUUUGUUUGUUACAAUGGGAGUACAUUUUAUACUGGGACCCAUCUGUUCAUCUUUCUGUGUGUUAUACCUGUAAUAAAUAAAUUAAUUGAUUGAUUAAUUAAUUACCGGUAAUUGUUUUUGCAGUGCACCAGAGUCAAAGUCCUUUGUCCUGUGAUGGAAAUAUUACAGGAAAUCCAACAGGUACACUGUACCUAACAGUUGAAAAAAACUUGUGAGAAAGUAGUAAGAGGGGGGUGGUGGGAGGGGAGGAGGGUGAUAACUUCUUUAUCCUCUGAAAAAGUUGGGUCAUGCAAAACUAAGCAGCGAGGAAAAGGGAAGGGUCACAAGCUUAUACACCCAUAAUCAUAACAGGCAUUUUGUUUUAAUAUUAUUUUAUGGCAGGAAUGGCGAAACCAUAGACAUGUAGAAAAUAUAAUAUAAAUUCAUCAUGCUCCACUUGCAAAAUAAGUAACUUUCUUGUUCUUUUUACAGCUGGCAUUAGUGCUAAUUUAAUUUGCUUGUAAAUAACUUGCUUCAGCCUCUGCUCCUUGAUAUAUUCUAUUGCUUGUAGGCUUGCUGCUGUUGCUAGCAUUAUUCUACUCACUUUCUCUAAAAUUUUAAAAGUAAUCAGCAUUCAUGGGCCUGGUAAUUUUUUUUAGAUCACCAUUUGAUAAUAAUAAGGAACAUAAGCAUACUACUAAUUUAACCAGGUGAAAAGUAAAUGUAUGCACUGUGCAAGCUUUUCUGUUGUGGUCAGGUCUAUGAAGUUAAUGCUGUAAUAAGUGUUAGUUUGCUAGAAUCAUUCACAACUGUUUCUAAUUUAAAGAGUAAGAGACAUCAGAUUUUAUGCAUCAUAUAGUUCCAGAAAAUAAUUUAUCCAUACCCCCACCACAGAGGGAAUUUCAUGCAACUCCCCCCUCCUCCCCGGAAUUUCCAUUUUUUGAAUGCAAAAAUAACCCCCCACCCCUCCGGAAUUUCCAAAAGUUUUAUGUACACCCCCCAUACCCCCUGGAAAAAUAGUUUUGGCAAGAAAGUAUGUUAAAGUUAAAGUUAACACUUAGCCAUCUGCAUGGCAUGUCACUGCUGUUUAUUCUCGAUCAAUCGUAACAUCUGAAGAUACAUACAAAGAAAACAGACUGCAAUUUAUUUGAGCACUUUUUAAAAGAAAAUAGAUUAAAUGGUAAAUUGUCAAAUUACUUUCCUAAACGACUUAGUCCCUUUGUAAAUGUGGUACAAUUUCCUUUAGCAGACUGACUGGGUAUGGAUAUUUUCUGAAGCCACACAGGGAGGGUUAUUCAUGUUGGACUUAUGCAGUAUUUAAAGAUUUAACUGGGUGAAAGGUAAAUGUAUGCACUGUGCAAGCAUAGGUGGUGCAAGCUUGUCCCUUGUGGUCAGGUCUAUAAAGUUAAUGCUGUAAUGAUUGAUUAUUUACUAGAAUCAGUCACGACUGUUUAUAAUUUAAACAGUAAGGAACAUCAGAUUUUAUGCAUUUGUCUUUGUGUAGAGAGCCAGAGUAGAAGUUCCUCUUUCCCUGAUGAAGAAGACAUUAUAAUUUCUGACACUACAGUGCCAAAGCUACCAGGUACACGUACUUAUAAUAUUUUAGUCUGUUGGGGGAAACUCAAAAAGGUUCAGGGGUGGGCGCGAACUCGAAUUAGAAAGUUUAUAUUGAGUUAAGAUGUGCGUAAACUUGAUUAGGUGCAAGAAAGAGAGCAUUUGUUAAUUCUUGCUCUCUGCCAUUCUCUUUCACUUUCUGCAUCAGUUCAACACUGCCUUAAAACGGUAAAAUCAAUUCUUUGAUCAUUUGUUGAGAGAACAAUAGAAAUGAGUUUUCUUUUGUAAGUUUUCGGGAGCAACCUUUUCGCUUAAAAAGUUCUCCGUUUCAAACUGGUUAUUAAAUGCGAUUUUUAUACUAUUUCCAGCCAGAAAUACGUUGGCUGCCCAAAAGCGCUGUAUUAUUUAUGGGCGAUUUCUCAUCAUGAAAUGAUGGUAGUCUUUAGCUCCCCUAUUUGGGUUACCUCAAUACUCCCCACCUCCUUCCUGAGAGUCUGUAGAGACAGACGAUCGCUCUCUUGUAGGGUGAUGUCAUAACCAAGUUUUCUUGGCUUAAUGGUUUUUAGACCAAAACCAUUUACCCAUGGUGCUCUGCUGAUGCACUUUACAUAUGGAGCUCCACUAUAACAUCGUAUGUUACUGGUGCAGGCUUGCUCCUUGUUGUCAUGUAGGUCUAGAUAGAAAAAGGUUUACAUUUUGUGCCCUUUAAUUGAUUUGCAGCUUACCAGAGUGAAAGUCCUUUGUCCUGUAAUGAAGAUGUUACAAACAAUCUACCAGGUACACUGUACUUGAAGAAAACGUUUGAGAAGGUUGCAGAAUUAAUGGGAAGGGGCAUAACUUUUUUAGUCUUUUUGAGCCAAUCAGAUUGCAAGGAUAACGAGUAAUUUCAAAAUAGAUUUAAUUAAGUCUCUACUCCUUGAUAUCUUUUAUUGCUUGUAAGCUUGCUGCUGUUUGCUAGCAUUAUUCUUCUCAGUUUCACAUAAAUUUAAUUGGUCCAGUAAUAUUUCCAUUUGACAGAUCACCAUAGCAGAACUCCAGAAACAUAACAAAAAUAGUGGUAAUUUAACUGGGUGAAAGGUAAAUCUAUGCACUGUGCAAGCUUGUCCCUUGUGGUCAGGUCUAUGAAGUUAAUGCUGUAGUGAGUGUUUAUUUACUAGAAUCAGUCACAACUGUUUAUAAGGGACAUCAGAUUUUAUGCAUGUGUCUUUGUGUAGAGAGCCAGAGUAGAAGUUCCUCUUCCCCUGAUGAAGAAGACAUUAUAAUUUCUGACACUACAGUGUCAAAGCUGCCAGGUACGUGUACUUAUAAUAUUUUAGUCUGUCGGGAGCAAACUCAAAAAAGAUGUGUGCAAACUUGAUUGGGUUCAAGAAAGAGAGCAUUAAUUUGUUAAUUCUUGCUCUCUGCCAUUCUCUUUCACGUUCUGUUUCACGUUCUGGAUCACUACCUUAAAAAUAGAAUUGAAAGUAAAAAAGAUUACUGCAAAGACUGAUCAAACAACGUGAAAGACGCUGAGAUGUACAAUAUCUCGACUGGCCAAUACCAGUCUUCAUCAGGUUUAUUAGGACAAAUCACGAGUUUACAGAAUAUAUACUGCUGUAAAACAAUAAACGGAAAUUAUCUAUGAUAUGACGUGAUACGGUGUAGUUACUAGAAAAAAAAAACUGAAAUUGAAAACUGAUACAAGUUGCGUAAUAUAUGGUGAUAGAUUAUUGUUCUUCACGUUUGUUAAUUCCUAGAGGCUCAAUUGUUUUACCUUUUUGGAUGAGAUGCGCUUUGCGCGCUUUGCUAAAAGAAUCGCGUUCAUUAUUAAGUUUUUCAAUAGGUAUAAGUAACAUAUGGGAAACAGAAUGAUUGUUGCUAAGAAAGUGUUCUGAAACUGCAGUUUGGAUAUAACUACAGGUUCAAUUUCAGUUUUUUUUUUCUAGUAACUACACCGUAUCACGUCAUAUCAUAGGUAAUUUCCGUUUAUUGUUUUACAGCAGUAUAUAUUCUGUAAACUCGUGAUUUGUCCUAAUAAACCUGAUGAAGACUGGUAUCGGCCAGUCGAAAUAUUGUACAUCUCAGCGUCUUUCACGUUGUUUGAUCAGUCUUUGCAGUAAUCUUUUUGACUUUCAAUUCUCUAUAUUUUUUUUUGACUGAUCUCGAUCUUGUUUGAUCCAACGUUGGGCAAGUUUGAUCGUUCACGGUUUUUGCAGUGGUUUCAAGCCUUAAUUUACAACUACCUUAAAACAUUAAAAUCAAUUCUUUGAUCAUUUGUUGAGGUAUCAAUAGAAUAAGUUUUCUUUUUUAAACUUCUGUUUUUGCUAAAAACAAGUGCAUCUCCCUUUCAAACCGGUUAUUAACUGCGAUUUUCAUACUAUUUCCAGCCAGAAAUAUGUUGGCUGGCCAAAAGCGCAGUAUUAUAUGUGUUCGAUUUCCCCCCGAGAAAAAAUGGCAUUCUUUAGCUCCCCUGUUUGGGUUACCUCAAGACUCCCCACCUCCUUCCUGAGGGUCUGUAGAGACAGAUGCUUGCGCACUUACGCUUAUGGUGAUGUCAAAACAUAAUUUUCUUGGCUUAAUGGUUUUAAAAACAAAACUAUUUACACAUGGUGCUCUGCUGAGCACGUAGAGCUGAACUAAAACAUCAUUUGUUACAAAACUGGCGCAGGCUUGUUCUUUGUUGGAAUGUACAUUUAUGUAAACGAAGAUUUUCUAAUUGUUUUUGCAGCUUACCCAAGUCAACGUCCUGUGUCCUGUGAUGGAGAAGUUAGAAGCAAUCUACCAGCAGGUACAUUGUACUUGAAAAAAACUUGUGAGAAAGUAGAUGCGGGAGGGUCAUAUCUUUUUUUGGCCCCUGAAAAAGUUGGGUCAUGAAAAACUAGGCAGUGAAGAAAAGGGAGGCUGACAAGUUUAUGCACACAUAGUCAUAACAGGCAUUUUUUUAAUGUUACAAUAUGGCACAAAUGGCGAAACAAUAUAGAAAAGACACUAUAAAUUCAUCAUGCUGCACUUGUAAAAUGGUUACAUUUCUUGUUCUUUUUACAUGCGUUAAUUUGCUUGUAAAUAACUUGCUUCAGUAUCUAGUCCUUGAUAUCUUGUAUUGCUUAUAGGCUUUCUGCUGUUUGCAUAAUUAUUCAGUUUCACUAAAAUUAUAAUAGCAAUGAGCAUUCAUGGGCCUGAUAAAAUUUCCAUUUGAUAGAUCACCAUAGGGGAACUCCAGAAACAAAAAGUCAAAAUAAAAAUAAUAGUAAUUUAAAUAGUUGAAGAGUAAAUGUAUACACUGGAUUGUCUGGGUUUUUUUUGUAGACUUGAGCAAUCAGAAGUAUGACAGUGAUGAGGUAAAUAUUAUGAAGGCAUUUUAUUGUAAUCAAAGAAAAUGCCUUACAUAUGUUACUGUGGGAGUUUUUUACCCUUUUUUCUAAGGAAUAUUAUUCUAUUAUUUAUAUGCCAUGGAAGUAAAAGAAGAAGGACAAAUGAAGUGUACAUACACGCUCUCCUACUCUCACGAAUCUUGUGGCUUUGUUUCUCUCUUGGUAAUUCCUAGUCACAGGAGUUUUCACAUAUCUAAAAGAAAUAGGGAAAGGGGAAAAAAGUCAGAUGUUAUUGUUGCCUGAGCCCAACUCUUAAGAAAAUGCUGACUGAAGCAAAGAGUAUCCAUUGUCUUUUUCAGAAUCUCAGUGGUAGUCCACACUGUUCCCUUCAGUAAUUUGCUUAUUUGCUUGUUCUUUUGAUUUUUACUUUGGCGUAGAUAAUAUGAUAACUCGACAGCAGGAUUGGAAAAUUGUGCAUUUCUUUAGUUUUGGCCUGCCAAAAGGGGGCUCUUGUAUAAAUCGGGUGGUCCUUUCCUGGGAUAUUUUCUCUUUUCCAAAUGACAACUGUCUGAGGAUAUGACAUCUUGACACGUUGUCAGAAGUGUCGAAGUUCAGUUUAUAAUGGUAUCCAUAAUGUGAUUGACCUGAUUUAGUGCUGUAGAAUUUAGGGAUUGAAUAAACCUUGUAUGGUUACUGGUAAAUAUUUUACGAGGAAGUUAUUUAAUGAAUAAUUAAUAUAAACAAUGAAGUUGAAACGAUAAACAAAUCGAACUAAUGUCAAAGGUUUGCACAGUGUUCUUAAUCAAAAAGCAAAAAGUAUGGGGAAUGUCCCCACAAUCUAAACAGUCCCCACAGUGCUUGUGUGUGUUCAUAUUCUUGUCCCUGUAAGUAUUCAAUCACAAUAGAUGUUAAAUUUACUAUCUUUUUUUUAACGUGUCAUUGUUGAAUUUAGUUGGUAUUCGAACCACAGUAUAUAAAAAUCAAAUUUUAGGGUGCGUUUCUUUAAGAAAAUCCAAGAUUGGAUUCUUAAAUCCGAAAGAAUCCAAAAACGGAUUUUGCGUUUCUUUACUAAACAGAUCAAUCCAAGAUCUCUCGGAUCCUGGUGCGUCAAAGAAACCGAAUAAUCCACUCUGGGCAAGGAUUAUUCCGUCCCUUUGAUACAUCAUGAUCCGAGAGAUCUUGGAUUGAUCUGUUUAGGAGAGAAAUGCAAAAUCCGUUUUCGGUUUUUUUUGGGAUUCAAGAAUCCAAUCUUGGAUUUCCUAAAAGAAACACACCCUUAGUGGCGUUAGUGUGAUCAUGGGAAAAACAACUCCUUGUAUAGGCUACUAUGCCUGGUUAAAUGCUAAUACAGUGACUCGUUUGUAGGGAGUUGCUGAUAGUGCAGCUGAAACAGACAGUGAAGAGUUCAGUUAUCCUGCAAGACUUGAUUAUCCUGGAUUGCUGAACAGGGUAUCGCCCCAGGCUUCAUUAGGUAUGGACUAGAAAAAUUUCACAAGUGAUGAAUUAAGUUUGCUGAUUUGAACUUGUACUCAUUACAUUGUAUAUCAGUUCGGAGGACUGAUUGAUCAGGUAAUACAUAUGAGAAAGUGAACGUAGAAUUCGUUUGGUUUUGAUUUAGGGCUACAUUUGAAAGAGGACGAGGAAGGUGAAGAUGAAGAUGGUGGAAUUCAGAAAACCUUUGGUAAGCUAAUAAUGACAUUUGUUGUUUUCAGUCGAGGUAGACUGUUCAAAGUCCUCUAUUUCCUUACAUGUCAAUCAAUCAGUCAACAACUUUAUUAACAUGUCUAAGGUAAAAUAGGCGUGGGUGAAUCCCUCAACUAAUUGGGGACACCUAAAAGGUUAGAUUAAGAAACUAUUUACAGCAUUAAUUUUAAACUUUAAAAUAAAAUAAGUGGUCUAACUAACGUAAUUAUCACUAGCUAUUCGUGGAAGUCUUAACAUUCAUAACACUUUCAAAAUAAUAGAAUUCGGUUAUUACAUACGGAGCAACAGUUUGGCAGCCGUCAGCCAGUAGCGACUGUUAAUGUUUAUGGCUGCGCAAACUGGGUGCGUAUGUCAAUGCGAAGCGCAACUGGGGUAGGUGCGGGUAGAUAACGCUUUGAGCUCGCACUUGUUUCGAUCACUGUUUCUCGUGCUUCUUCCAGUUUGUGUUGAGAAAAUAGAAAGGCUGUGAACAAUCUAUUUUUAAAGGUAUAAAAGGUAGAUGUGUAUUAAACUAUAUCAUUUUAGCAAACGCAUGUAGCACUCUACUCAUUUGCAUAUCUGUUUUAAUGUAGCGAAGAUUCAUUAAACAUUUCUUCGUCUAGCAGUUGUAACAAAAGAUUCACACUUCUCCCGGCUUACAAUUUUACCCAUGCCAGAAGAAUCGUAACUAUUAGAAACUUACCAUUUGACUUAUAAAGAAACAUCAUUUUAAUACAUAGUACAUUUUGUUGUGUGUAUUCGCAGCUAACAAGAGACAACGUGUCAAAAGAAAAAAGUUGUCUUCCAGUUCCUCUUCCUCUGACGAAGAUAAAAGUACAACGAAACUAUUAGUUACACUUAAUAGUUUAAAAAAAUCCGUUGUUAAGCAAAAUGUUGAACAUCUCAACUAACAGGUGUAUUACGAGAAAGAAUUAAUGCAAGCUUAUCCCUUUUGGUCAGGUCUAUGAAAGUAAUGCUGUAAUAAAAGUCUAUUUGCAAGUAUCAGUCACGACUGUUUAUAAUUUCAACAGUAACAAACAUCAGUUUUUAUGGGCUUACCUUUAUGUAGAGAACCAGAGUAGAAGUUCCUCUUCCCCUGAUGAAGAUGACGGUACAGUCAAGCAACCAGGUACGUGCAAGUUCAAUAGACUUGUGUUAUGAGUUGAAACACUCACCUUCACGUUGUUAAAAUUUUCCAGAGAGUAUUUCUACCGCUUCCUCUAAAAAAAAGACACAUUACUAUUUUCAUUGUCGUUAUCGUUGUCCUUGUCGUUAUUGUUGUCGUUAUCAUUAUCAUUAUCAUUAUUAAUGUGCACUUAACUCGUAAGGUGAUGUCAUAACAAAAUUUUCUCGGCUUAAUGGUUUUAAAACCAAAGCUAUUUACACAUGGUGCUCUGCUGAUACACUUUACACGUAGAGCUGAACUAUAACAUCAUUUGUUACAAAACUGGUGCAGGCUUGUUCUUUGUUGGAAUGUACAUUUAUGUAAACGAAGAUUUUCUAAUUGUUUUUGCAGCUUACCCAAGUCAAAGUCCUGUGUCCUGUGAUGGAGAAGUUAGAAGCAAUCUACUAGCAGGUACACUGUACUUGAAAAAAACUUGUGAGAAAGUAGAUGCAGGAGGGUCAUAUCUUUUUUUGGCCCCUGAAAAAGUUGGGUCAUGAAAAACUAGGCAGUGAAGAAAAGGGAGGCUCACAAGUUUAUGCACACAUAGUCAUAACAGGCAUUUUUUUAAUGUUACAAUAUGGCACAAAUGGCGAAACAAUAUAGAAAAGACACUAUAAAUUCAUCAUGCUGCACUUGUAAAAUGGUUACAUUUCUUGUUCUUUUUACAGGUUGCACAUGCGUUAAUUUGCUUGUAAAUAACUUGCUUCAGUUUGCAUAAUUAUUCAGUUUCACUAAAAUUAUAAUAGCAAUGAGCAUUCAUGGGCCUGAUAAAAUUUCCAUUUGAUAGAUCACCAUAGGGGAACUCCAGAAACAAAAAGUCAAAAUAAAAAUAAUAGUAAUUUAAAUAGUUGAAGAGUAAAUGUAUACACUGGAUUGUCUGUUUUUUUUUUUUUUUGUAGACUUGAGCAAUCAGAAGUAUGACAGUGAUGAGGUAAAUAUUAUGAAGGCACUUUAUUGUAAUCAAAGAAAAUGCCUUACAUAUGUUACUGUGGGAGUUUUUUACCCUUUUUUCUAAGGAAUAUUAUUCUAUUAUUUAUAUACCAUGGAAGUAAAAGAAGAAGGACAAAUGAAGUGUACAUACACUCUCUCCUACUCUCACGAAUCUUGUGGCUUUGUUUCUCUCUUGGUAAUUCCUAGUCACAGGAGUUUUCACAUAUCUAAAAGAAAUAGGGAAAGGGGAAAAAAGUCAGAUGUUAUUGUUGCCUGAGCCCAACUCUUAAGAAAAUGCUGACUGAAGCAAAGAGUAUCCAUUGUCUUUUUCAGAAUCUCAGUGGUAGUCCACACUGUUCCCUUCAGUAAUUUGCUUAUUUGCUUGUUCUUGUGAUUUUUACUUUGGCGUAAGAUAAUACGAUAACUCGACAGCAGGAUUGGAAAAUUGUGCAUUUCUUUAGUUUUGGCCUGCCAAAAGGGGGCUCUUGUAUAAAUCGGGUGGUCCUUUCCUGGGAUAUUUUCUCUUUUCCAAAUGACAACUGUCUGAGGAUAUGACAUCUUGACACGUUGUCAGAAGUGUCGAAGUUCAGUUUAUAAUGGUAUCCAUAAUGUAAUUGACCUGAUUUAGUGCUGUGGAAUUUAGGGAUUGAAUAAACCUUGUAUGGUUACUGGUAAAUAUUUUACGAGGAAGUUAUUUAAUGAAUAAUUAAUAUAAACAAUGAAGUUGAAACGAUAAACAAAUCGAACUAAUGUCAAAGGUUUGCACACUGUUCUUAAUCAAAAAGCAAAAAGUAUGGGGAAUGUCCCCACAAUCUAAACAGUCCCCACAGUGCUUGUGUGUGUUCAUAUUCUUGUCUCUGUAAGUAUUCAAUCACAAUAGAUGUUAAAUUUACUAUCUUUUUUUUAACGUGUCAUUGUUGAAUUUAGUUGGUAUUCGAACUACAGUAUAUAAAAAUCAAAUUUUAGGGUGCGUUUCUUUAAGAAAAUCCAAGAUUGGAUUCUUAAAUCGAAAAAGAAUCCAAAAACGGAUUUUUGCGUUUCUUUACUAAACAGAUCAAUCCAAGAUCUCUCGGAUCCUGGUGCGUCAAAGAAACCGAAUAAUCCACUCUGGGCAAGGAUUAUUCCGUCCCUUUGAUACACCAUGAUCCGAGAGAUCUUGGAUUGAUCUGUUUAGGAGAGAAAUGCAAAAUCCGUUUUCGGUUUUUUUUUUUGGGAUUCAAGAAUCCAAUCUUGAUUUCCUAAAAAAACACACCCUUAGUGGCGUUAGUGUGAUCAUGGGAAAAACAACUCCUUGUAUAGGCUACUAUGCCUGGUUAAAUGCUAAUACAGUGACUCGUUUGUAGGGAGUUGCUGAUAGUGCAGCUGAAACAGACAGUGAAGAGUUCAGUUAUCCUGCAAGACUUGAUUAUCCUGGAUUGCUGAACAGGGUAUCUCCCCAGGCUUCAUUAGGUAUGGACUAGAAAAAUUUCACAAGUGAUGAAUUAAGUUUGCUGAUUUGAACUUGUACUCAUUACAUUGUAUAUCAGUUCAGAGGACUGAUUGAUCAGGUAAUACAUAUGAGAAAGUGAACGUAGAAUUCGUUUGGUUUUGAUUUAGGGCUACAUUUGAAAGAGGACGAGGAAGGUGAAGAUGAAGAUUGUGGAAUUCAGAAAACCUUUGGUAAGCUAAUAAUGACGUUUGUUGUUUUCAGUCGAGGUAGACUGUUCAAAGUCCUCUAUUUCCUUGCAUGUCAAUCAAUCAGUCAACAACUUUAUUAACAUGUCUAAGGUAAAAUAGGCGUGGGUGAAUCCCUCAACUAAUUGGGGACACCUAAAAGGUUAGAUUAAGAAACUAUUUGCAGCAUUAAUUUUAAACUUUAAAAUAAAGUAAGUGGUCUAACUAACGUAAUUAUCACUGGCUAUUCGUGGAAGUCUUAACAUUCAUAACACUUUCAAAAUAAUAGAAUUCGGUUAUUACAUACGGAGCAACAGUUUGGCAGCCGUCAGCCAGUAGCGACUGUUAAUGUUUAUGGCUGCGCAAACUGGGUGCGUAUGUCAAUGCGGAGCGCAACUGGGGUAGGUGCGGGUAGAUAACGCUUUGAGCUCACACUUUUUUCGAUCACUGUUUCUCGUGCUUCUUCCAGUUUGUGUUGAGAAAAUUGAAAGGCUGUGAACAAUCUAUUUUUAAAAGUGAAAAAGGUAGAUGUGUAACUAUAUCAUUUUAGCAAACGCCUGUAGCACUCUACCAUUUGCAUAGUCAAGAUUCAUUAAAAAUUUCUUCGUCUAGCAGUUGUAACAAAAGAUUCACACUUCUCCCGGCUUACAAUUUUACCCAUGCCAGAAGAAUCGUAACUAUUAGAAACUUACCAUUUGACUUAUAAAGAAACAUCAUUUUAAUACAUAGUACAUUUUGUUGUGUGUAUUCGCAGCUAACAAGAGACAACGUGUCAAAAGAAAAAUGUUGUCUUCCAGUUCCUCUUCUUCUGACGAAGACAAAAGUACAACGAAACUAUUAGGUACACUUAAUAAUUUAAAAAAAUCCUGUGUUAAGUAAGAUGUUGAACAUCUCAACUAACAGGUGUAUUACGAGAAAGAAUUAAUGCAAGCUUAUCCCUUUUGGUCAGGUCUAUGAAAGUAAUGCUGUAAUAAAAGUCUAUUUGCAAGUAUCAGUCACGACUGUUUAUAAAUUCAACAGUAACAAACAUCAGUUUUUAUGGGCUUACCUUUAUGUAGAGAACCAGAGUAGAAGUUCCUCUUCCCCUAAUGAAGAUGACAGUACACUCAAGCAACCAGGUACGUGCAAGUUCAAUAGCCUUGUGUUAUGAGUUGAAACACUCACCUUCACUUUGUUAAAUUUUUCAUUAUCGUUAUCGUUAUCGUUAUCGUUGUUGUUAGCAUUAUCAUUAUCAUUAUUAAUGUUAUGUCUGACUAUUAUUACUGACUCGUCUUUUUAUAGUCCUGGCCCGGGUUGCUCGAAGCAUGGUUAGCGCUAACCAGCGUUAAAUACCAUUGAAACCUAUACGUUUUGAUACCUCUUAACCAACGGUUAGCGCUAACCAGUCUUUGAGCAACCGGCCCCUGGUUAAUAGCGUGGUUGGAAUAUAUAAUUUUUCUGUGCAAGAUGAUUCUUCCAUGGUGUCAUGUUACCUCUUCGUGCUUUUUAAGUUGGUUCUCACUAGUGAAAAAUUAUUGAGAGGGCCGCUGAUCAACAUAAUAUUUCACAGAAAGGUGGAGUCAAAAACGCUUAAACCCUGCGUAAUUUAGGCUGGCAAAAUACCUCUCUCCUUUCUUUAUACUGUUUAGAUAUUUAGGUCAUUUUUUUUUUCUUUAAAAGGUGAGCGGUUUCUGCGAAAAGAGGUUCCGCUGGACGCUGAAGAGAAUAGCUGCGUAGCAUUACCUGAAAAAGACGUUUCUUCGUGCGAUGAGGAUAACUCGACGAGAAGCAACAGCACUACGAUCAUGACAGCACCGCCAUUUGCAGGGGGUAAGGAAGUAGUCCAUGGAAUUUUAAUUUACUGAGUACACAAACGAAACAAACAUAGGAUUCUGUGGGAACUUAACUGCUUAUCGGAAUUGGCACCGGUUUCUUUAUGGACACCUUUAUCCGUUCAACCCUUCCUCCGGGAAACAGGACAACACCCACAAGUGCCACAGGCUGCUGCUCCAUUUUGCUUCCAAAGUUGUGACUUUCAUAUCAUGGUACAUAAGAAAAAUGAAAAAGGUCAUUCAUCUAUGCCAUUUGACAAAUUGACGUCAUCAGUUUUUUAUGCGUCUAACCUCUUAUUGAUGAUUAAUUGCGUCAUAACAUUGUCAUAGUGGCUGUGGAACCAGGAGCCGCAGGUGAGUGGUUCCGCACUAAACUUGGACAAUGUUAUGACGUAAUUUAUCGUCAAUAAGAGGACAGACGCAUAAAAAACCGACGUCAAUUUGUUUUUUACAAUAACAAGACCGCAAAGUGGUCAAAUGCCGGGAAUAAAUGAGGGGAAAAGACGUCGUAAAAUUGCCGGAGCUAAGUGAACUUAAUUCAGAAUGACGCGAACAUUAUCAAUAGCGUUUUCUCGCUUUUUGAUUGGCUUCUUAAGAAAGUCAAUGAAAUCCCAUUGGUUAACGUUGAACUGUUGAAAGCUUGCAUAAAAUAAAAUUUUAUCCGUCUGUACUCUUAUUGAUGAUAAACAUGAGCUAAUCAGCGCCCAAUAAAUUUGACAGUUAUUGUAAAAAUAAGGAUUAUAUACUCGAAACACAAUACUACAGUGAAACCUGUAUUAGGCGGCCACCUUCGAGAGUUCGUAUUUUAGCAGAGCAUCAUGCAUAUAAAAAACUGGUAACCUAUGGAUGCCAAAAGCUUUGCCUAUGACGUUACCGUACUUACUCACAUAACUCAUAUCAUUAUCAUUUCAGUGUCUUUACGAUGUGCGCGGAUAAGUAAGGACAAAAAAAGGGUUUAUGACAAGAGGCAGGCUUGUUACUAUUGUGGCACGUUGCAAUUCAAAAUCGCAAGGCAUUAUGAGCUGAAGCACCAGUCUGAAAGAGAAGUGGCCAUUGCCCUCUCCUUCAACAAAGGGUCUACAGAAAGGAAGAGACAUCUUGAGAAACUGCGGUUGUUAGGUAACUACCACCACAAUUUGACCGUAUUAGAAACUGGCAAAGGAGAGCUCAUAGUCAUGAGACGCCCAUCCUCUUCUAGUGAGAAGUCCAGUCCUGAAGAUUUUCUUCCCUGUCCGUCUUGCUGCGGCUUCUUAAAACGCCACGAUUUGUGGAAGCAUGCUAAAUCCUGUAAGUUUAGGCCAGAGAGUAUGAAAGAUGCCCCGAAAUAUCAGAAGGUACAACAAAACGCAAAAUUGAUGCUAUUUCCAGCUAUUUACAAUGACAGUAGCGGUAUACUGAGUAAAUUACUUGCAACUAUGAAAAGUGACGAAAUUUCAGCAAUUGCCAGAAAUGACGAGCUCAUUAGAGAUGUUGGAGUGAUGCUUCUCGAGAAGCAUGGAGAAAAGCAAAACAACCUGGUUUCACAAAAAAUGAGGGAACUCGCUCGGCUCGUGAUGCAGCUUCGUGAAACCGAGUUCCGACCUGAUGCUGGGCUCUGUGACUUCAUUAAGCCUGACAAGUUUGAUGACGUUAUUAGUGCAGUAAAGAACAUUUCCAAGUUUCAUUUUCAAGAAGGUGUUCAGAAUGUCGCUACUCCCUCUCUGUCUUUAAAGCUGGGUCAUUCCCUUAAAAAAUGUGUUCACAUUCUUCGGGGCCAUGCGUUGCGCAGGAAAGAUAAGGACUUGCAAGAGGAUGCAGAAAAUUUUGAAAAACUUUUGGAAUCUGAGUGGAGUCAUCGUGUAUCUCACCAUUCUCUCAACUCUCUCAGUACAAGCAAAUUCAACAAAGUGCAGCUGUUGCCUCUCGCAGAUGAUCUCGAUAAACUACGGACGUUUGUCCUCGUCAAGAUGUCCUCUGGUGUACAACUUCUGGAAGAACAGCCUCAGCUACAAGCAUGGAGUGAUUUAGCCCAAGCAACUCUUGCAAGGCUGGUCAUAUUUAACAAACGAAGAGCGGGAGAAGCCUCGAAGAUGCUUCUAAACAGUUACCUGAGCAGACCAGACUGGACAAAAGUGAACAACCCUGAAAUAAUGUCGGCACUUAGCAGCUUUGAAAGAGAAUUAUCCAGGAGGCAAGUGAAGAUUCUUAACCAUUACUUAGAGUGAAGUUGAAUGUCCUAGGCUUUUGCAACUGCAUUGGUGAAAGAUAUAUUUUAAGUAUGGGUAACCAAAUGGCGACGAGUGCGACAAGGAAAUAAACGCGCGUCUUUGUCAAAAUUCCAAUAAUUUUCCAAGCCUUUAGUCGAGGUAAAGAACGUUUCGAUAUCUUCAAGAUGUCACUGUCAAGUUUUAAAAUAGUUAUAGGUCAGUUAAACAAUUAUUUAAAUACGUGUAUAAAAGUACGUUAACAUGCGGAAAUACGCUAGACUGCCUGAUAUAAUGCUGCUGUAUAUCGGGAAACUUUAUUUCUCUCUUGCUUCUCUGUCAGACUCGAUCAGGACGAAAUUGUUUAUCGAAGUAUGCCACUUUAUUAUUUUCGCUUCGCUUUUUGUUUAGAUGGUUGGUUUCACGAACCCCUAUUUGCUCCUUCAUUGAAAAGAAACUCCUCCUUUUCGAAAUGGUAGACUUUCCACAGAUAAAGAGAGUUAUUUUUAUUGUUGUAUUUAGACUAGACAUGGUGGAGAUUCGUGGCAAGCGGGGAAGAAAGGUUCCAGUCAUCUUGACCCCCGAGAUGAUCAACGCUAUUGAUGUUCUAAUCAAGACGAGGAAAGCAGUAGGCAUCGCAGAUGAGAAUCCGUACGUGUUUGCAAGACCAAAUAGACAGUCUUUAGAGCCCAUGCGUGCCUGGGAUUGUCUCAAGAAAUUAAGCACACAGUGUGAACCACCUUUGUCAAACCCUACAAAUAUCACCAGUACAAGGAUGAGGAAGUACAUAGCAACUAUUUCGCAAGUACUUUCUCUGAAAGAAACAGAAGUGGAUUGGCUCGCGAGACAUCUUGGCCAUGACAUUCGAGUGCAUAGGGACUUUUACAGACUCCAUGAGUCUACAAUUGAAAUCGCUAAAGUUAGCAAACUGCUUCUAACGGUAGAUCAAGGGAAAACAGGCAAAUUUGCCGGAAAAACCUUGACAGAAAUCGAUCUGAAUGGUAAGUACAAGUGAUCUUUUCAUGCUAAUUUAAGGCAACUCAAAACAGUAAUAUACCGGAAGACGCCUGGGCUCUAACGUGCAUUUCAGCGCGAGGCAUCACGCGAUCACCCGAGAGGUGUCCUUCAUUCAUUCAUUCAUUCAGGUCGCGAGAUAGCGCGCGAGAUUUAAAGUUACAAACAUGGCGGCGCGAGGCCUACUUUGUAAAAAUUUGUUUCCGCCAGGUUUGGUAAGCUGUUUACGAUAUCAGUUAUUUUUGCCUCAAAAGGCAAUUUCCAAGGAAAAACAUUCUUUUAAACCACUGUGCUGGAACGUAAACGAAAAUUGUGAUGUUGAUGUUGCGAUCAAUCACGCCGGGUAUCAGUCUAAAAAACUGUAAGGAAAAACUACUCUUCAAGUUGUCUUCGUUCUUUUUACUUUGCGAGUCUCACCUUCAGGUAUUUAUGGUGCUCGUCUUCUACCACUUUAGUUAUGUUGCUAAUGACAACAGCGAAAAAAAAAGAAAGAAAGAAACAGUAUUCGCGUGGAAUUGCGAGCUUUACUGAUCAGCAGACCACCUUCACGCAUGCGCAAGGGGCGAUCUUUCGAAGUCGAGAUUUUAAUUUGUACGGAGAGUAUCUCAAAAACUGAUCCCGUGACCCUACUUUUUUAGCGGAAAAAUAUUCAACAGCAAAAGCGGAAUGCAUGAGCGAAAUUUCUGACUCGGAAACGUUUUGUUAGAAAUCGCAGAACCAAGACUUUCCGACACUGAUGAUGAACUUAAUGAUACUGAUGGUGAGGAAGAUGACAAGACUGACACUUUCGAUGAAGGAACGUCUUCAGGUGCGUAAAUUGCUUCCUGAAUUCACAGAAUAUUGGCAGUGCCGACUUAAUUAAGUUGGCUGACAAUAGUUUCCAGCUCUUUCUAUCACUUAUACUUUGAUGGAUCAACACAACCACUCUUAGUCAUAUCAUCCUCCAAUAAUGGCAUCACACAAAUACCCAGCCAUUGGUUAACAACUUGUGAUCAUCCUUUUUAUAUAACAGGCUACCAUAGCAACAAUAAAACCCGUUAGAAACGCGCUAAAUGUUACCAUUAGGGGAAACCUCCAUUUUUAUUAUCGAAUAUUUAUAAGUAAGAUAAGAGGAAACAUUAUUGUAAACUUAAAAUUCUGCGAGGGAGUGCAAGGCCACCUUAAAUCAAGGUGUCUCUGUUAAUUGAUUGGGUUAUUAACAUUAUAACAGGACGCUCUACCAAGAAGCAAGUAGCGAAAAGUAUGUCCCAGAAAGAUUUCACUAAAGAAGUGGCUAGCAAAUCAUCACGAAAGUCAAACAGUAAGAUACGAAAUCAUUUGUUGAUAUUCUUAAAAACUGGAAAGCAUUUGAGACGUUCUCUUUCAUGGGAUCAUUGUUGCCAGCAGUGGCAACCAAUUUCUUUAGUACGUAUUUUGUUUGAGGUAAAUACAAGUCCUAGAAAAUCAUAGAUUUUGUGAAGGCAAAUGAGGAAAUUGACUUUCUGAUCAUGUUUUAAAACAAGUUGAAGUGUGCUAUUAGUUUUCAUGUAUUGCUGAGUUCAAACACGGAGCACAGCGUCAAACGGACUACCUUGUAGUACAGAGAUUUAAUCGGGUAAUAAGAAUCAGUCUUGUAGUCUUGGAUUUUGGUCAAUAAAACGUUUUUUGGCACUUCUUGUUAUAACUGUAUGGAUGUCUAUAUUCUUCGACAUUAAUUUUGACUCAUUUUGUAAUAGAAGCCAAAGGAAGAAGAGCGAAGAAGAUUGUAACUUCAGGUAAAGUGGAUGGGAAUUAUUUUAUUUAUACUAUUGAGCUGAGGUUUGCGAAAGACCAGAUCAAAGGUUACAUUUUAGUUGCCCAUAAUAAAAGAUGUCGAUAAGAAAAAAGUUAGCCUGAGAAAAACAAAUCGACCACUACUCUCGUAGCCUUCUUCUAUUCCUACUGACGAGUUCAUUUGAAAAAGACGAAAACUUCUUAUGUUUUGCUUUUUGACGAUUACGUAUUUUAAUUGCAUCUUUAUUGUCAGAUAAUUAGAAUAAGUUAUCGUCAGAAAAGCAAAACAUAAGAAGUUUUUGUUUUUGUCAAAAUGAACUCGUCAGUAGAAAAAGAAAAAAAGGUACGAGGGUAGUGGUUCUCAAACUUAAUUAAUAUUUUCUCAAAGCAAACUUGAAAGAGCCGAUACGCAGGUGAACUCGGUGGGCUAUUUUUCUAUCCGCCCCAACCCGCUCACGUUUUGCAUUGACAACCGUCCAGUUUGCGCGGUCAUUGAAUAAACAUAUGGGAAUACAGAGAUUGGUGAAUUGUCUUAUUUUCCUAGUUCUUGACAAAGUUUCGGCAACGAAGCUCAUGUUAAGCAGUGCGACUAAAGGUUGUCACUAACCUGGCGAGUGGAGGAACGAUAGUCAGCAUUAGUUCUCCCAUAAAAUUAAAAUGUGUUCGAUAUAUUCAGCCUCUGGUGUGCAAAAAAAAAAAAUUCUCCAUAGUACGACAUUCUUUGCAAUCUGUCGAGACAAGGGGCAAGUUUCCAAGCUGCUGGUGGUUAGCGACUCUAGUGUUCGAUGCGUAGUCAUAUUGUUUCUUAUUGCUUUCUUUUAGAUAUUGCGUAUCUGGAAUUUUCAGACACGGAUGGGGAGCUUGAUGAUUGUGAUGAGGACAACCGUGUUGUCGAAGGUGAUGAGAAAAAUAUCCUCGUGAUGGAACAAAACUAUGUAAAAUUUAACUACAUGGUGUCGCAAUCCCUUUUCUUGCCCCUUUUCUAGAAAGAAAAUCCGUUUUUUUUUUUAUGGGUUUCAGAAUCCCAGUGAAUAUGAGAUAAUAAGAGUGGAUUUCCUCCCGUAAACUCUGCAAGAGAAAAAGCUUCCCUAGAAAAUCAGGUGUAUAAAUUCAACUCUGUGUAUACUUCAUGGAUUGAAAACUUAAUGCACUAUCACUCUUGAGUAUGUAUUAAAGAUUGGGAGGUUGUAGAAGUCUCCCUUCCCCCACCUCUGUGUAUGUGUUUGGGAAGGCCCCGCCCGAAGUUGGUCUGAACGACACUCAUUGUAGGUUAAGCAGGGACGGACGUUCGUAAUCAUAAAGUGGGGAUAAGAGUGAGUUGGUUCACUAUUCCCCCCGGAGUACACUUCUAUCUUUGUGAAGUGCUUUUCAAAAUCUCGAUUUUUUUUAUUUUUAUAUUUCCUAUCAACAUAGAACACAAGACGAUAAGGGGUGGUCGCUCUCAGAAACAUAAAGAUCAAGAUAAGGAGAAUUCAAACUGUGCUAUUUCAAAGACAAAGAGUAAGUUGGUCAAAUUUCCUUUCGUUAUAAAAACGGCACGUAGGAUAUUUUGUCAUGUGGAAAUGAGUCGAUUUUAGUAAAAAAAAUGUAGUCGCCUGUUGUAAAGUAAGUCAAAAGCGCUGUGAAUAUCUACCUCUGUAUUGUAUUUGUCCCCCUUCCCUGUGUCUAGAUUCUCUGACGUAUUGUGUAUUUACUUAUAGUUGUCAAAGAACCUACAAAGACGGAAAAAAUUUGUGGGAAAGAUCCAGCUAAGAAGAAUGCCAAAAAAGCUGUGCUCAAGUCAGGGAGUAAGUUUGGAAUAUUUUUUCAGUAUAUCUCAAAUAUAUGCAGAAGUCUGACCGAACAAGGUAGCAUUUUUCUCUGAUCUGACAAGCUAAAGCAGUUUUUAACCUAUCACGCCAGAGACUCUGUGGCGUUCACAGUAUUGUCAAUACAUCAAAAGUGAUGCGUGUGUGUUACCUUGGUUGAUUCGACUUUCGCGUUGAUUUAUAAUUUGCGAGCUGUAAAUCUAUUACACUCUCAAUAAAUCCGGUUGCGAACUUUUUCGGAAGGAGUUUUUCAUGUGGCGUUGUUUUAGUAACGGUUUUGAGAGGCGCUCUUCCCGUAUACUGUAGGAAUUUUAGGCAUUACAUAUCCUUGGGAACCUUUAUUGUCUUCCAGCAAAGAAACGGUGCUUUUAUCACUAAGGUAAGCGUUUUCGAUUUGCAGAGUCGACUGCCCAUACUCCGUGGACAGAAGAGGAAAAAGAAGCUGUUUUCAAGUAUCUCGCUCCCUGGAUUAGACGAGGACGUGUUCCUGGCAAACGUGACUGUGAGAAUUGUAUUGCCAAAGCAAAUGGCGCCUUAGAUCGUAGGGAAUGGACAGCCGUAAAAUAUUAUAUUAAGAACCAGAAUGACAAAAGAAAGAGGGUUCUCACAACUAUAAAUAACAGUUUGUAGUUUGGUAUUGUCAUCCUGGCACGGUUCUAGUUACUUCAAAUGAGAUUAGCACAAUGAAAGAAAUAAUAAUGUUGUAAAAUGAUCGUAAGAUUAUUAAGCUUUUUCUUUAGUGUUAGACUACUUACGCUGACAAUUGGAUUGCAUAUAAUUGGUGCUCAUAAGCUUUUGAGAACAAUAGGUGUCUCCUUGUGUGGGAAAUCUGUAAUGAUACCAAAUUGGAGUAUCGAAGAAACUAA